AUGCCCUUUCCAACCUUGGCCGCACCAAGAACAACAGAUGAUGGCAAGCAACUCGAUAGGAUAUGUGACCAUCUUGGUUGUCUUGAGAGAGUGACCAUCAAUGGGAUGUACGUGGAUGACGAGGUGUUGGUACUACUGUUUGUUGCUUGUUGGAGUGGUGACCAUAUUAAAGGUGCUGGUGUUGAUGCUGGUGCUGGUGCUGGUGCUGAUGCUGAUGCUGGUGCUGGUGCUGGUGGUGAUGCAGGUGCUGAUCCUGAUGCUGGUGUCUGUGUUCGUCCAAUGGCAGCCAACUCUCUCAAUAUCUGA